UGCAGUUGAGUGGCUUAGCUAUCGGAAGUAAAGGGAACGUUGUCACUGUUAUCAAAGGGACGAGGUAUCAAGAAGGGCAAGAAUGGCUAAAUUUUACGACCUCACGGCCAAACUAUUAUCAGGAGAAACGUUUAAUUUCUCCUCCCUGCAGGGCAAAGUUGUCCUCAUUGAGAAUGUCGCGUCUCUCUGAGGUACGACCACCAGGGAUUACACCCAGAUGAACGCGCUUCAUGAGCAGUACAGCAGCAAGGGGCUCGUUAUCCUGGGAGUACCCUGCAACCAGUUCGGCCAUCAGGAGAACUGCAAGAAUGAAGAAAUCCUCGUGUCUCUGAAGUACAUCCGUCCUGGAAAUGGCUUUGAGCCAAAGUUUCAGCUCCUGGAGAAAGUGGAUGUGAACGGGAAAGAUGCCCAUCCCCUGUUUGUGUUCCUGAGGGAGAAGCUCCCGUUCCCCAGCGACGAACCAACCGCCCUGAUGAAUGACCCCAAGUUAAUCAUUUGGAGCCCGGUCUGCAGGAACGACGUGGCGUGGAACUUCGAGAAGUUCCUCAUCGGGCCAGAUGGAGAGCCUUUCAAGCGCUACAGCAGGAGGUUCCUCACCAGCGACAUCGACGGAGACAUCAAGAAGCUCCUCAGCCAGGCCAACUAAUGAAGCCGUCCUCCUAAACGUUGUUCACCCAUCCUACAGCUGCCA